AUGGUCAACACACACCUACCUAAAGCGCCUACGUUCCGCUUGCAGCCAAUACAAGCACAACCUAACUUGCACGAGAUUCAACAACCGAAACUACAGGUAGUCCCGAGGGGACGACAUCCUCCUAUAAUAGUUAGCAAUACUGAACAAGCGAGUCAUAGGUCGGGGGAAAGAAAACGGAGAAUGAAGGAUGGAGUGGAGGAUGGAGGCGGAUCGAUUGGAACGCAGGCUAGUCGGCCGGGAGUGGCUUAUGAAAGUGGUACCCCUUUCUUUACUUUAAAUAGUGGUUUACACAGGUUGAAUGAUACAAGCAGGAAGCAAACAACAGGAAGAACCAAAGUGGGUGUAGAUGCUCGUGAAGGAACGGGAGCUGAAGCAACCGGAAUCGGUCAACGAGUAGGAAGACUUGGAAAUUCUUUUGAAAAAGAUUCUGAUAUUAGUAAGCGAGACCCAGAUCCUCCAGUAGCACCAACAACAGCAAAUAAGCUACCACCUGAUCUUGACCCUGACAGAACGGAAUUCAAAGUUGAAGAAAAUUAA